CUGAAGAUGGCGGCGGUGAGAAGCUGGCUGAAGAAAGUGAGAUGCCCAAUUAACCAAAAUAAUAAUAACAACUGCAGCAGCAAGGACAACACGUCGUUUGUGUACAGGGAUGCGAUUCAAUAGUGCCAGGGGCUUGACCGCUGAGAGCCCAUAGACGAGGCCUCGCUUGCUGUGUGUGUAGUGGAUUUGAAGUCGAGGGAAGCUUUUCGCGUUUGGUGUGCUGGAUUGGAAACAACACACAAAGGGGACUACACACUGAACUGCUGAGUUGGAUCACGCUUGUCGGAUCUGGGGAGUUAAACGUAUUUUAAAAACAGACUUAUUCAGGAGAUCUGUACCAUCAUGUAUUUUUUAACUGGUUGGCCCAGGAGGCUACUGUGUCCUUUGAAAAGUGAAGAGAAACCGUUUCACAUCCAGCCGGACUCCCAUAGAGUUUUCUUCGUAGUGUUGUCACAAACUCAGAUCAGCAUCUGGUACAGCCGGCCCAGUGUUCUUAUAGUGAGUUACAAAGAGUCGGCAAAGGCGGCCUCCCAGUUUGGGACCUACCAGCAGGCAGAAUGGAGGCCAGACAGUACCAUGAUAGCUGUGGCAACUACAAAUGGAUAUAUCUUACUCUUUGACAUCCUGCCAGGUGGAGCGGACAAAUACCUCUACGAACCUGUGUAUCCCAAAGGGAAUCCUCGUGUGAAAGUGACACAUGGCUACAAAGAGGAACAAUGUGCUCCUUCGUUAAGCGUGGAACUCAAGAAGGUGAUGGACUUGCAAGCACCCAUCACAAGUUUGCAGUCAAUGCAGGAAGACCUGGUGGUUGCCACUGCCGAUGGCCUUCUCCAUCUCAUUCACUGGGACGCAGUGACAAAUGGGAGGAAGGAUAUCAAUGUCUGUACAGUUCCCUUUUCUGUAGACCUACAGUCCUCAAGAGGCCCUUCACAGGAUUUUGAAGGUGUGCACAUUAGAGACAUGGAGUACUGUAUAACCCUGGAUGGCUUUGCUGUAGUCUUUGAUGAUGGACGCGUGGGCUUUAUUACUCCAAUAUCAAGCAGAUUUACUGCAGAGCAACUGCGAGGUGUGUGGGCACAGGAUGUAGUAGACGGCACCUGUGUAGCUGUAAACAACAAGUAUCGAUUAAUGGCGUUUGGAUGUGCAAGCGGCUCUGUUUUAGUUUACACAAUAGAUGCAGCAACAGGAUCAAUGCAGCUUUCCCACAAGUUAGAAUUAACAGCAAAGCACUAUCCUGACACUUGGAAUAAAACAGGAGCUGUGAAGCUGAUCAGGUGGUCACCUGACUGCAGCGUGACCAUGGUGACUUGGGAAUGUGGAGGCCUGUCCUUGUGGAGUGUGUUUGGUGCUCACCUCAUCUGUACGCUCGGAGAAGACUUUGCCUAUCGAUCUGAUGGCACAAAGAAAGACCCUAUUAAGAUAAGCUCUAUGAGCUGGGGUACAGAAGGUUAUCAUCUGUGGGUUAUCAGCAGCGACGUUUCCAAGCCUCUGGAAAGCGAGUCGGAGAACAAAGCUGCCAUGCAGCAAUCUGAUAUCCUGCAAUUUCAGUUCAUCAAGAGCGCCUUAACUGUGAACCCUUGUAUGAGUAACCAAGAGCAGGUUCUGCUGCAGGGGGAGGAUCGCUUGUACCUGACGUGUGGGGACACUGCCAUGGCCCAGAGUACCAGUACAUCCUCCGUCAACUCUGAUCACCGGGCUACCAAGGAAAGGAAUCCACUCUCCAACACCAUUUCAAUUACUCAGGGAUUAAGCACUUUAUUAGGACACAGACAUUGGCAUGUUGUACAGAUUCACAGCACAUAUCUGGAGAGCAAUUGGCCAAUAAGGUUUGCAGCCAUAGACACACUGGGACAAUGUGUUGCAGUAGCUGGCAGAUUUGGGUUUGCACACUACUCCUUCUUUACAAGGAAAUGGAAACUGUUUGGAAAUAUCACCCAGGAGCAGAAUAUGAUGGUGACUGGUGGCUUAGUGUGGUGGAAUGACUUCAUUGUAAUUGCCUGUUACAAUUUGAUAGACCAACAAGAAGAGCUAAGACUCUAUCUGAGGUCCUCCAAUCUUGACAACGCCUUUGCCAACAUCACUAAAUUGUAUUCAAAGACUUUGCUAAUAAACGUUUUCCGGGACAUGGUGAUAUUAUUUAGAGCAGACUGCUCCAUUUGUCUUUACAGUAUUGAGAGGAAGCAGGACAGUACAAACUCAACUGCCAGUAUUGAGCUUCUCCAAGAGGUGUCCAUGUCUCGAUACAUCCCACACCCUGCCCUUGUGGUGUCAGUGACACUGACCUCCGUGAGAACUGAGACUGGCAUCACCCUGAAAGCACCACAGCAGGCCUGUGCUGCAGAGAGCAUUAUGUUGAACCUGGCAGGGCAGCUGAUCAUGUUACAGAGGGAUCGCUCUGGUCCUCAGGUCCGGGAGAAAGAGACCAUAACGAAUCAAAAGAAGCUGCUUCCAUUCUGUGCCCCUGUGGUCCUGGCCCAGUGCGUGGAGAAUGUGUGGACGACCUGCCGGGCCAACAAGAAUAAGCGCCACCUUCUAGAGGCGCUGUGGCUGGCCUGUGGGGAGGCGGGCAUGAAGGUGUGGAUUCCACUCUUCCCCCGGGACAACCGAAAGCCUCAGUCCUUCCUGUCGCGACGCAUCAUGCUGCCCUUCCACAUCAACAUCUACCCACUGGCGGUGCUGUUUGAGGACGCUCUGGUGCUGGGGGCCACCAACGAAACGGUGCUGUAUGAUGGGCUGCCCCGUGCGGGGAUGGCUGGGGCUGGGGAGCCCCUGGAGGCGCUUUUUCCCUUCUGCACCGUGGAGCGCACUUCCCAAAUCUACCUCCACCACAUCCUGCGGCAGCUGCUGGUGCGCAAUCUAGGGGAGCAGGCCCUGCUGUUGGCCCAGUCCUGUGCCGGCCUGCCAUACUUCCCUCACGUGCUGGAGCUGAUGGUCCACGUGGUGCUGGAAGAGGAAGCUACCUCGCGGGAACCCAUUCCCGACCCUCUGCUUCCCACCGUGGCCAAGUUCAUCACAGAGUUUCCCCUCUUCCUCCAGACCAUCGUGCACUGCGCACGGAAGACAGAGUAUGCCCUGUGGAACUAUCUGUUUGCUGCAGUCGGCAACCCAAAGGACCUGUUUGAGGAGUGCCUCAUGGCACAGGACCUAGAAACAGCUGCUUCAUAUCUAAUUAUCUUACAGAACAUGGAGGUUCCAGCAGUAAGCAGACAACACGCGACACUGCUUUUCAACACCGCUCUGGAACAGGGGAAGUGGGACCUGUGCCGUCACAUGAUUAGGUUUCUGAAAGCCAUUGGCUCUGGAGAAACAGAGACCCCACCGACCACACCCACCAUUCAGGAGCCAACCUCAACGGGGGGAUUUGAGUUCUUUAGGCAUCGAAGUAUCAGCUUCUCUCAAUCGGCAGAGAGCUUCGCAGCCUGGAAGUUCAGCCUUCAGAAGACACUAAGCAUGCCUUCAGGACCGUCUGCCAAAAGGUGGAGUAAAGAGAGUGAAUGUGCUGAGAACAUGUACAUUGACAUGAUGCUAUGGCGACAUGCACGAAGGCUGCUGGAGGAAGUCCGGCUAAAGGACCUUGGCUGCUUUUCCGCCCAGCUGGGCUUUGAGCUGAUUGGCUGGCUGUGUAAAGAACGGACCCGGGCUGCCCGCGUCGAUGACUUUGUGAUGGCUUUGAAAAGGCUUCACGAAGACUUCCUCUGGCCCUUUCCAGUCAUUCCAGCCAGCUCUUUAAACUCCCCGUUCAGAAACAGCAGAUACAGAACAGCUGUUGGAGGCCGCUUGAUGAAAUCACAAUCGGCAGAUAGCCUGAUAAACAAUGAGAUGGACACCGGUGCCUCCAACACCCCUCGCAGCCACAGCUGGAUGGACAGCCUGAACUCUGCCUCGAGAGAGAUGGACACCGCCUCGUCACAUGGAGCGCUCACACAGGAUGCCUUCCUCUCGCCCCUCCUCAACAAAGGUGACGAUUGCAGCAUUGGCUCCGCAACAGACCUGACGGAGACCAGCUCCAUGGUGGAUGGAGACUGGACGAUGGUAGACGAGAAUUUCUCCACCCUGAGUCUGACACAGUCUGAGCUGGAACAUCUCUCCAUGGAACUGGCAAACAAGGGACCUCAUAAGUCAAAGGUGCAGCUGAGGUACUUGUUGCACGUCUUCACUGAGGCAGGCUGUCCGGAGUGGUGCGUCAUCAUAAGCAUCAUUAUGCGAGAGGCGUCUGUGAUCAGUCAGGUGGUCAGUUGUCUCCAGUCUGCAGAAGUCCCAGUUGACACUGUACUGAAUAUCAAGAACGGCCUAAUGGCAGUGGACGCAUGGGCAUCAACAGACUGCCUGGGAUACAAGCCUUUCCUCAACCUGAUCCGACCGCAGCUUCAGAAGCUAGUGGAGGUGACCCCAGAGCAGGUGCAGCCUGAAGCUUUCCAACCAACCGGCACCUCAAAGCUGGUAGAGCCUGUCUGUCCUUGGCCAGACGACAGCCGGGGGGGCCCUGCAAGCCACAACACCAGCGUGCAGAGUGAGGAGGGCAGCGGUGCCAGCCGGCUAGAGGAGGACAGCCCUGGGGAAGAACAAGAGGAGCAGCCUUUAGAGGAGGGCACAUACGACUGCACUCUGUCAUAAUAGGAGAGUGUGGCGGGUGGGGGCACACACAGUAUUAAUCAGUGGUGUAGCUGGGCAUUCGCCAAUCCGUGCAACCUAUGAGGCCCCAACAAAGACAUUGGCCCUUUUUUUGUUUUAAAUAAAAUAGAAUCAGAAGUAUUGCAUUUCUUCUUUUUUUAUUAAAAAAAAAAAUAAUAAUAAUGAAUUAGUGUGGCUUUCCCAGAUUUGUGAAUAUUAAUUUAACACAAAGAGAAGAUUUGAAUACCUGCCAUUGUAAGCAAAACACUUAGGGGUGAAAAGAUGGCCACCAAGAUUUUAGGUUGGCUACCAAGCAUCUAAAUGUGAUUGUUGGGUUAAACAGCCACCAAACUUGGAUUAAAUGUUGACAGUAAAGUUUUUAAACAAUUGAAUCAGAGCAAAGAUCAACUUACCCUAAAAUAAAAACAUUUACAUUAUGUUUUAAACUGUGAUAAAGACAUACGCUUCAGUCAAUGCAUUCAUAUAUGUUUUAAGAAUAGUUUGUUAUAUUUAAUUUGAUUCAUUUAUAAUGAAAUUAGAAUCAUAUGAAAAACAAAUGUAAAACUAUACAUAACUGAAUUUAAAUAAGAAAUAACCAAAGUGCAUAAGGCAUAUAAGGCUGAACCUGUCUCAUGAUUGCCCAAUUCUUGGUGUGCUGCAUUUCUUAAUAUGAUAAUCAUAUCAUAUAGAAGAAGUGUUUUAACUGGUGCUGAUGUUGAGCGAGUGUGAGGGUUUUUGUUUUUU